AAGCAAUUCAGCUAUGGUGUUGCUGGCGGUUAAAGCAGCUUCAUGAAUGAGCUGCUUCCAGGCAGAACAGAUUAUAGGCCCAUUUUGCCCUACCCAACAGCAGCACGUUGAUAAGCAUCAUGAUCAAAAUAUGAGCUACGCAACGCUGCUGGGAGCCGGCCGUCUGUGACGAAUAGAUCGGAGCAGCAGAGUGGUGAUAGAUCUCCUCCUCUGACCCGAUCUUUGAAGUAUUAGUUCUCGAUAUCUGAUGCAAGCGCGCGCAGUGGAGCACGAAUCAAAUUCGCAGAGCAAGCGCGCGGCAAUCGGCGAGCAGCCAAGGAAGGAAAGCCCGAGGGCCGAGAAGCAGAGGAGAAGGAAUCAAGCCGGAGAAUCGGAGGCGGAAGAGAUGCCCAUGACGGACACGAAUGAAGAUUCUUUCCUCUUUCCUAUACAGGAGAUCGUGCAGCACCCUCUUCCCGGCUACAUGGCACCGUCGUCGAUCAGCUUCAGCCAUGACGACCGGAUGAUAUCGUACUUGUUCAGCUCCGAUGGGACACUCUACCGCAAGAUCUUUGCAUUCGAUCUCGCGAAUCGCCGGCAGGAGCUCGUCUUCAGCCCUCCGGAUGGUGGCGGUUUCGACGAGAACAAUCUCUCGACGGAGGAGAAGCUUAGGAGGGAGAGGGCGAGGGAGAGAGGACUUGGCGUGACUAGAUAUGAAUGGAGGGCUACUAGACCUUACAGCGCUGGAAAACUCAGCAUAAUGGUUCCCUUGCCUUCAGGAGUAUAUUUUCAAAAUAUACCUGGUUCGGAGCCAGAAAUUAAACUUCGGAGCUCUCCUGAGUCUCCGAUCAUUGAUCCGCACCUGUCUCCGGAUGGGACUAUAGUCGCUUACGUGAAGGAUGACGAGCUUUAUGUUCUUGAUUUGCGGACCGGGGAGCCAAAGAAGUUGACUCAUGGUGCAAAAGAAAAUGGAAAGACUCAUGGCCUUGCUGAAUAUAUCGCACAGGAGGAGAUGGAUAGAAAAGCGGGAUUCUGGUGGUCACCUGAUAGUAGAAAUAUUGCAUUUGCAGAAGUUGAUUCAUCUGGAAUACCUUCUUUUAGAAUUAUGCAUCUGGGUAAAAGUUCAGUUGGUACUGAUGCACAGGAAGACCAUCCAUACCCCUUUGCUGGAGCAUCUAAUGCAAAAGUUCGGAUUGGAGUAGUUUCUGUUUGUAGGGAAGGGAUCACUUGGAUGGAUCUUCUUUGUGGAGAAAAAGUUCAUGCGGAUAAUGACGAUGAAUAUUUAGCUAGAGUCAAUUGGAUGCCUGAUAAUGCUCUUAUGGUUCAGGUUCUCAACAGAUCUCAUACCAAAUUGAAAAUUUAUAAGUUUGAUAUUGUGACUGGACAGAAGGAAAUUGUUUUGGUAGAAGAACGGGAUGUAUGGAUAAAUUUGCAUGAUUGCUUCACACCUCUCGAUAAGGGAGCGAAAAAGUUUCCUGGGUGCUUUAUCUGGGCUAGCGAUAAAACUGGUUUCAGACAUCUUUACCUUCAUGACAAGAAUGGUGCUUGCUUGGGGCCAAUCACACAAGGAGAUUGGAUGGUUGAGCAAAUUGUAGGUGUUAAUGAAAGUACUGGUCUAAUUUACUUCACUGGGACUAUGGAUGGACCUUUGGAAUCUAAUUUGUACUGUACCAACCUCUUUCCAGACUGGGACCUUCCAAUACAAUUGCCAUGGAGGCUGACACAAGGCCAAGGAAAGCAUGCUGUUAUCCUUGAUCAUCAGAUGCAAAGGUUCGUCGAUGUGCACGACUCUUUAAACAUUCCACCAAGGGUGUCGCUUUGUUCUCUGCGUGAUGGGAGCUUAAUAAUGCCCUUGUAUGAGCAGCCACUAGUUAUUCCAAGGUUCAAGAAGCUUCAACUUUCUCCGCCAGAAAUUAUCCAGAUUUCCGCUAAUGAUGGAACCAUUCUAUAUGGUGCUCUGUAUGAACCUGAUGCAGAAAAAUAUGGACCACCUCCUUAUAAGACAUUAAUCAGUGUCUAUGGGGGUCCAACUGUUCAGUUUGUUUGUGAUUCAUGGCUAAAUACAGUUGACAUGCGAGCUCAGUACCUGAGGAGCCAAGGAAUUCUUGUGUGGAAGCUAGACAAUAGAGGAACUGCGAGGCGAGGACUUAAAUUUGAGAGCUUUUUGAAGCACAACGUCGGUCGUAUCGAUGCAGAAGAUCAACUCACUGGUGUUCAAUGGCUUGUUAAACAAGGGCUAGCUAAACCCGGCCAUAUCGGUCUCUAUGGUUGGAGCUAUGGCGGUUUCCUGUCAGCUUUGUGUCUGGCAAGGUUUCCUGAUACAUUUAGCUGUGCUGUGUCAGGUGCUCCCGUUACUUCAUGGGAUGGCUAUGACACAUUCUACACUGAAAAAUACAUGGGCUUGCCAUCAGAGAAUAAGGAGGGAUAUCAAUACAGUUCCAUCAUGCACCAUGCGCACAAGCUACAGGGAAAGCUGCUAUUAGUCCAUGGCAUGAUUGACGAGAAUGUGCAUUUCAGGCACACUGCAAGGCUUGUCAAUGCACUCAUCAAUGCUGGAAAGUCUUACGAGCUUCUCGUCUUCCCCGACGAACGACAUAUGCCCCGCCGGUUCCGAGACCGGGUUUACAUGGAAGAAAGGAUUUGGGAGUUUAUUGACAGGAACUUAUGAGAAGGCAACCAAUGAUGUUCUCAUGUAAGUGAAUGUGAAUCUUGCCAUUUGUUUUCAUUUAAAACCAUGAAAAUUAAAAUUUUUCAAUAAUGGACUGGUUUCCAUCCUAUGUGAGCUCCUAUUGGAGAAUUUUUUUUAGAAGUUUCUUGCAUAUGGAUUGUUUAAGAACUGUUCUAGAAGACUGAUUAGCACUGCUCAUCAUUUCUCAUACUUUGUAGCUUUUGAAGAUGGCUUGGGAUCAACUAAAAUGGUUGUCUCUUGAGCUUUUGGGUUUUUAGUUGUUGGUGCGUUAUCAGAAAUGUAUAGCAGAUUGCAUUUUCUGGGUCUUUAUAGCAGCUGAGGUUCUUGUCCUUGACCUCCUCUGUAAUAUUUUUAGAUGCCAUUGCCACUCUUAAGUUCUAAA